AGAAAAGAAAAGAAAGACCAUCGGAGGAAACUCACUCGCAAGCAAUUAUAAACACAACACACUACAAAUUUCCUGAUUCAUUCCAUUCUGCUCCUCUUCUUCUUCAUUCUCCUUUCUUCGUUUUCGAGAACCAAUUAUGCAUCUAUACAAUGCGUGGCUUCCGCCACCGGUGGCCCAACAGACCCAGAGAGAGAAGGAGUCCUUCUCUCGGGUCGUCCACUCCAUCAGGUCAUCAUUCCUGCCCGACGACCCGGACUCUGUCUACUCUACUCUCAAGUGGAUCUCUGUCCUCGACCUUUUCAUAAAGGCAAAAAGUGAUGUGUCUUUGGAAGAUGUCAGCACACUUGUUGAGAUAGGGUUAGAAUUGUUUAUAAAUUCACAAAAUAAACUUUAUGCGCAGGUUAGAUGGGGAAAUAUCUUAGUAAAAGUACUUAAUAAGUACCGAAAGAAGCUUUCCUUAAAGGUUCAGUGGCGGCCUUUGUAUGAUACUUUGGUUCAUACGCAUUUCACAAGGAAUACUGGUCCUGAAGGGUGGAGAUUAAGACAGAGACAUUUUGUGACUAUUACUUCCCUUGUUCGAUCCUGCCGGAGGUUUUUCCCACCAGGUUCUGCCUCUGAGAUAUGGUUUGAGUUUAGAUCUUUAUUGGAUAAUCCAUGGCAUAAUUCAACCUUUGAAGGAUCUGGGUUUGUGAGACUGUUUCUUCCCACAAAUUUGGACAACCAGGACUUUUUUUCAAAUGAUUGGAUUAAAUCCUGUGUAGACCUGUGGGACUCGAUACCAAAUUGCCAAUUUUGGAAUAGUCAAUGGGUUGCUCUUGUAGCUCGUGUUGUAAAGCACUGCAGCUUUAUUGACUGGGAAUGCUUUUUACCCACACUUUUUACAAGAUACUUAAAUAUGUUUGAGGUUCCUGUGGCAAAUGGAAGUGGAUCCUAUCCUUUUUCCAUGGAUGUUCCUAGAAACACAAGGUUCUUGUUCUCCAAUAAAACAGUCACCCCGGCAAAGGCCAUUGCAAAAUCAAUUGUGUAUCUAUUAAAGCCUGGUAGUUCAAUCCAAGAACAUUUUGAGAAAUUGGUCAACCUUUUGGAACAAUAUUACCAUCCCUCCAACGGCGGUCGUUGGACAUAUUCAUUGGAGCGGUUUUUGUUCCAUUUGACAAUCCAAUUUCAGAAACGCCUACAACAUGAGCAACAGAACACAGAUAACAAUAGACAGCCCGAACUGUGUCUAGGAAGCUCAGAAAGGACCUAUUUUGUGAAUGUGAUGUUGAAGUUAAUUGACCGUGGUCAAUAUAGCAAAAAUGAACAUCUAUCUGAGACGGUUGCUGCAGCAACUUCUAUUUUGUCUUAUGUGGAGCCUUCUUUGGUUCUUCCUUUUGUGGCAUCUCGAUUUCAUAUGGCCUUGGAGACGAUGACUGCCACCCACCAGCUGAAAAUUGCUGUGAUGUCAGUAGCCUUUGUUGGGCGUUCACUAUUUCUCACUUCACAAUCGGCCUCAGCAGAAUCAGUUGCUAUUGAUGGUGGUGACAUGUUCACUGAUCUUUUGAUGGUUUCAUUAUCCAAUGCAUUACUUGGUAUGGAUGCCAAUGAUCCUCCUAAAACGUUGGCAACCAUGCAGUUAAUUGGUUCCAUUUUUUCCAAUUUGGCUUCUUUGGAUGACAAUAUAGAGGAGUCUUCAUUCAUGCCUAUGAUUCGCUUUUCUGAAUGGCUUGAUGAGUUCUUAUGUCGCUUAUUUUCCUUGCUUCUGCACUUGGAACCCAGCAGUGUUACGAAUGAGGGCCUUCAUUCAUCUGCCUCAUCAGGAACGUUUCUGGUUGAGGACGGUCCUUAUUACUAUUGCAUGCUUGAAAUCUUGCUUGGGAGACUUUCAAAAUCACUGUAUAAUCAGGCUUUGAAGAAAAUUUCCAAGUUUGUCAAGACAAAUAUUCUUCCUGGGGCAAUUGCAGAGGUUGGACUGCUUUGUUGUGCAUGUGUUCAUUCGAAUCCAGAAGAUGCAGUUACACACCUUAUUGAGCCCAUUUUGCUCUCUGUUAUAUCCUCUUUAAAAGGAAUGCCGGUCACAGGAUUUGGAGGAAGAGGAAGUUCCAAUGUCUCUAUUUCAACCAAGGAAAAACCCACACUUUCUCCAGCUCUGGAAACAACACUUGAUUAUCAAUUGAAAAUAAUGUCAGUUGCUAUCAGUUAUGGAGGCACUGCUCUUCUCUGUUACAGGGAUCAGUUUAAAGAGGCUAUCAUGUCUGCUUUUGAUUCUCCAUCUUGGAAGGUCAAUGGAGCUGGUGAUCAUCUUCUUCGAUCCCUCCUUGGGAGCCUGGUUCUUUAUUAUCCAAUGGAUCAGUACAAGUGCAUUUUCCGUCACCCUGUUGUUUCUGAACUGGAGGGAUGGAUUAGCACAAAAGAUUAUUCCCAUGAUAAACUGCCAAUGGGGCCCAGGUGGCAUAUUCCGACUGAUGAAGAAGUUCAUUUUGCAAAUGAACUUCUGGACCUUCAUUUUAAAUCGGCCUUGGAUGAUCUUUUGACCAUAUGCCAAACUAAAACCCAUUCUGAACCAGGAGAUGAGAAAGAGCACUUGAAAGUGACUCUUUUGCGUAUUGAUUCUUCAUUGCAAGGAGUAUUGUCUUGCUUGCCUGAUUUCAGCCCAUCCUCUAGUAAUACGAUGGUUGAGGAUCUUGAUCAUACUUUCUUAAUUGCUGGAGCAACAGGUUCGAGUGUUGGCAGCACUCAACUGCGGGAAAAAGCUGCUGAGAUUAUACAUGAAGCUUGCAAAUACUUGUUACAGGAAAAGUCUGAUGACAGCAUUUUAUUGAUACUCAUUAUUCGUAUUAUGGAUGCUUUAGUGAACUACGGAAGUUUGGAAUAUGAUGAAUGGUCAAAUCACCGGCAGGCAUGGAAGUUGGAAUCUUCUGCCAUAAUUGAACCUCCGAUUAAUUUCAUUGUGUCAUCUCAUUCUAAGGGGAACAGAAGGCCAAGGUGGGCGCUUAUUGACAAGGCAUACAUGCACAGUACGUGGAGAUCCUCACAAUCGUCUUACCAUCUAUUCCGUACAAGUGGGAAUUUCUCUCCAUCGGACCAUUUGAUUCUUUUGAUGGAUGAUCUUCUAAGUCUAUGCCUGCAUAGUUAUGAAACUGUUCGCACACUUGCGGGAAAAUCUCUGUUAAAGAUGAUCAAGAGAUGGCCAUCAAUGAUUUCAAAGUGUGUUCUAAUGCUCGCUGAGAAUUUGCGGAACCCUAAAUCACGAGAAUAUGCAGUGCUAGGUUCCUGUGCAGUCCUUAGCUCACAAACGGUUCUCAAGCAUUUGACAACGGAUCCAAAAGCAUUCUCUUUAUUCAUCCUUGGGAUUCUUUCCAGCUCCCACCAUGAAUCACUGAAAUGCCAAAAAGCAAUUAAUGAGUUAUUUGUCAAAUACAACAUCUACUUUGCUGGAGUAUCUAGAAGCAUUUUCAGGAAAACAAACAAUGACGUGGAUGUACCAGAUUUUGUAGAUUUGGUUUCCCAAAUUGGUUCUAUGAGUUUUGAUUCCAUUGGCUUGCAUUGGCGGUAUAAUCUGAUGGCUAAUAGAGUUCUACUCCUGUUGGCUAUGGCAUCUAGGAAUGACCCAAAUGCCUCUUCUAAGAUAUUGAGUGAAACUGCUGGUCACUUCUUAAGGAAUCUGAAAAGCCAACUUCCUCAGACAAGAAUACUUGCAAUCUCGGCCUUAAAUACACUGUUAAAGGAAUCUCCUUAUAAACAGACAGCUGAGGAACACUCUGGCUCUUCUGCUUCUGGGGAGUUACUAGAAAGUACAAAAUCAUCCCUAGAAGGAGCUUUAACUAGUAUUUUUCAGGAAGAGGGUUUCUUCAAUGAGACAUUGAAUAGUCUUUCCCAUGUUCACAUAAUUACUGAUACUGAGAGCACAUCUUCCAGAGGAAAUCAUGGAAAUUCAGCUUUUCAGAGCCUAGCAGACAAAUCAAUCACCCUAUUUUAUUUCGAUUUUUCUGCUGCAUGGCCACGUACUCCUAGCUGGAUUUCUUUAUUAGGAACUGAUACCUUCUACUCUAAUUUUGCCCGGAUUUUUAAGCGGCUAAUACAAGAAUGUGGCAUGCCUGUUUUAUUGGCACUAAGAGGUACAUUGGAGGAGUUUGCAAAUGCCAAGGAAAGGUCUAAACAGUGUGUUGCUGCUGAAGCAUUGGCUGGGGUGUUGCAUUCUGAUGUUAAUGGUCUUCUAGAAGCAUGGGACAGCUGGUUGAUGGUCCAGUUGCAGAAUAUUGUUUUAGCACAAUCAGUGGAAUCGGUACCUGAGUGGGCAGCUUGUAUUCGUUAUGCAGUUACAGGAAAAGGAAAAUACGGAACAAGAGUUCCUCUUCUGAGGCAAAGAAUCCUAGACUGUUUGGCGAAUCCUUUACCAUCAACAGCAACAACUACUGUAGUAGCCAACCGCUAUGCUUUUCUGUCAGCUGCACUUAUAGAAAUAUCCCCUCAGAAAAUGCCAGCAACUGAGUUACAGCUCCAUAAUAAACUUUUAGGGGAGCUGCUUGGUAACAUGUGCCAUUCAUCUGCCCAAGUAAGGGAAGCUAUAGGUGUUACCCUUUCUGUGUUGUGCUCAAACAUUCAGCUUUAUGCAUCAUUGGAAUGUGAUCAUUCGCUUGAAAGGGAAAACACUGAUGUUAAUUACCGGCUUAAAGAAGGAAGUUGGGUUCGGUUUCUAAUAGACAGAGCAUCUGAACUGGUAGUGAAUAUUCAGAAUACCAGUCAGUCUGACAAUUUGGAGACCCCAGCAGAUGAGAGGCAUCAAAAUAGACGUUUGAAUGGAGAUUCAAAAGAUGAUGUCAAAUGGAUGGAAACGAUAUUCCAUUUCAUUAUCUCAUCUCUGAAGUCUGGAAGAUCUUCAUAUUUGCUGGAUGUAGUAGUGGGACUUCUUUAUCCUGUAAUUUCCUUGCAGGAAACAUCAAAUAAAGAUUUGUCAACAUUGGCCAAGGCAGCUUUUGAACUGUUGAAAUGGAGGAUUUUCUGGCAACCUCAUAUCCAGGAGACUGUAUCUGUGAUUCUUUCUUCAGCCAAUGAUUCUAACUGGCGAACCAGAUCUGGGACACUGACAUAUCUGCGAACUUUUAUGUAUAGGCAUACUUUCAUUCUCUCACGUUUAGAGAAACAACAAAUCUGGAGCACUGUGGAGAAGCUACUGAUGGACAACCAAGUGGAGGUAAGAGAGCAUGCCGCGGCAGUUCUGGCAGGCCUAAUGAAGGGUGGGGAUGAAGAUCUAGCUAGAGAUUUUCGUGAUAGAGCCUAUGUGAAGGCAAAUGAUCUUCCAAGGAAGAGAAAGCAGAGAAAUUCUUCUCGUCACUCCACAGCUUCUAUACAUGGCACUGUACUUGCUUUGGCAGCUUCUGUAUUAUCAGCUCCUUAUGACAUGCCCAGUUGGUUGCCUGAGCAUGUUACAUUACUAGCUCGUUUUGCUGGGGAGCCAUCACCUGUAAAAUCUACAGUUACUAAAGCAGUUGCGGAGUUCCGACGGACCCAUGCAGAUACGUGGAAUGUUCAGAAAAAUUCUUUUACUGAAGAGCAACUUGAGGUUCUGGCUGAUACAUCCUCGUCAUCAUCAUAUUUUGCUUAAUAUACAUUAUAUUCCUAGCAAGAAAGAAGAUAUAGUGGAAAGCUAUUGGCAAUAAAUUAAACUUUGUUGUUAAAUUUCACCCUAAUAUAUGGAAUGAGCUUUAUUUA